ACUAUGAGAUGAACGAAGGAGAAGAAGGAGAGUACGAGAUGAGCGAAGGAGAAGAAGGAGAGUACGAGUUGAGCGAAGGAGAAGAAGGAGAGUACGAGAUGAACCAGGAGAUGGAGGACGAGGAGAUGUUCCAUGAGGCGAUGGAGGCAAUCGACACCGGGGACGUGCUGGAAGACCCCGAGGAAAGCGCUGAACUGAGUGCGAUGGACGACGACCUUUGGAAUCUUGAUGCGUCAAAGAUUGGAGAGCCUCAUACGAAGGAGGAGUUUGCGAAUAUCUUUGAGCCCUUCCCGAACGAGCUCCAGGUUGACGAUCAGGUCGCGCCGCUGGUGCGGGUGGUGCCCGAAUCGAGCGCGUUCUACAUGCAAAACAUGGAAUACAUGGAGAUUCUGGUGUCUCUCAAGGCGCUGGAGCGCAAGUAUAAGCAUUUGGCCCGGCUGCCGGAAGCGUGGCGCAUCUUCCAGCCGAUCUCGCAGAAAGAGUACUUGGAGAUGGGCAUCAGCGACAAGCCGAUUACGUAUCACGAGUUUAUGGGUCUUAUCCGGAACCUCGCGAGUAUCCGGCCAGACGUGAUGCCGGCUGAGGUGGAGGCGCUGGUGUCGCGGUUUGCGCGGAACUACUUGAAGGCGAAGGUCGACAAGCGGGAGCCCAAGGUCGACAAAAUGGGCCGCUCGUUUGGAAAGGGCAAGCGCAAGGAGUCGAUUGCUCGGGUCUGGAUCGUCAAGGGCAGAGGCGAUGUGUUGAUCAACGGCAAGACGCUCGCUGAUACCUUUGUUCGCGUGCAGGAGCGCGAGAGGGUGGCUGCGCCUCUGCGCGCGACCGGCAUGCUCGACGAGUACAAUGUUUUUGCGCUUGUCGAAGGCGGCGGCAAGAGCGGCCAGGCUGGAGCCCUUCAACUCGGGCUGUCCCGUGCGCUGCGGGCGUAUAACCCUGGACUGGGCAAGAUCCUCUACGAUACCGGAUACCUGAAGAUGGACCUGCGCAGAGUCGAGCGCAAGAAGCCCGGUAAGCGGAAGGCUCGUAAGAGCGAACAGUGGGUCAAGCGUUGAUUGUGCUGUUCAUUCUUGCGCAUUCGCAUCAGCAUUAGAAAAGAGGAUGACGAUGGCAAUCGGCUAUCGUUGUCUGCAAAACAUCUGUAAAUAUAAGAGUAAAUGUAUUGUUUCUUAAUUUGGUUAUUGCUGGAUUGGUCUGGUUUCGGCUCACAGUGAGGAUCACGGCGAGUCACGAUUCUAGAAGACGGAGUGUUUACUCAACUACUACUUUCAUAACAACUGUUUGUUUGUUUGUUUGUUUGUUUGUCUGUUUUAUUCUUCUUCUUCUUCUUUAUUCUAUCAUAACUCACUAACAACAACAACAACACAC